AUGCCUCCUCCCGUUGAAGAUAUGUCCGACGAGGAGACCGGCGAUAUUCCUUUCAGAAAUGCUCCAGAGUCAAAUGGCAAAGACGACCAGGAGUCCCCGGAAGACGAAGGAGACGAUGGAGACGAAGAGGAGGACGACGAGGAAGAGGGACUUUACGUUGUCGAGGAUAUUAUUCAACACGAUUGGCUUGAUGAUGGAACGCUCAAACUCUUGGUGAAAUGGAAAGGCUACGACAAGCUCGAAGACCACACAUGGGAAGAGGAGGAGGGUCUCUUGGAUGGAGCCGGCGACAUUGUCACAGCUUACUACAAGAAGAUCGGUGGCCGCCCGAAGAAGGACGGAGAGAAGCCCGCGGCAGCAAAGCCAGGUCGCAAGCGCAAAUCUAUGGGCGAUUCGAAGGCUGCUAAGACUCCGGCCCCCGCAGCGACCGAAGCCAAGAGACAGCGCCGAAAGUCAGCGCCGAAAGAAACGUCCAAGCAAGCUUCCCCCUCGUCCGACGAAAAUGGCGUUUCAUGGCUUCCAAAGGGGAAGAACUGGGAUAAGGAUGUGAAAGAGGUGGACACAAUUGUCCGGGAGGGCGAUGCGGGUCUUAUGGCCUGGCUCGAGUUCAAUAACGGACACAAGGCGAAACUGUCUGUACAGGCCUGCUAUGAAAAGUGUCCUCUGAAAAUGCUCAAAUUUUACGAAUCGCACCUUGUCUUUAAGGAUAAUUGA